CACAAAUGACACCAGAUCGUUUACUGAUUUGUUAUUUUAUAAACUUUUCCUCCCUUUCCUUCAUUUAUUUUCCUAUCGUAACAUUUCAUACAUAGUAGUGGGAAGUUCCUGCAAAGUGGUUUAUCAAUCGUGAUAAAAAAAAAUUGAUAAUUCAAUGAACAAACUUGUUUUGUGAUAAAACUACUAUGAAGUUUUCACACAAGACAUAUAAUUAAAUAACAUCAGUUGUAUCUGUUUAUGAUUUAAAUUUAGAAUUAAUUCAACAAUAAUAAUGGAUAAUACAAGCAAGAAACAAUAUAUUCAUAAUGAUAAAGAGAAAGAAAAAGAUCAUACAAACAUUCUGAACAAUAAAAUUCCUAAAAAAUCGGAUUUAGACAUAUUAUACACAAGUCUUUUAGAUCCUAUAAAUCAACAAGAAGAUGUAGGAAAGAAGAUUUCAACGCUGAAACACUUACUGGAGAAGGAUUUGAAAGCAGUUGAUUUAAAAUGGUCAUUGUUUGUGACAGCUUGUAACACGUAUCGCUAUGAUUCUUGUUUAAAACCCUUUCCACCGAUGUAUAUAAAAAAUGAAUGCAAGGACAUUGAAGCUUUGAGAAAAGCUAUAGAAUUAAUUCCCCCAUUGGCUGUAAUAUUUAAAGCACUGCAAGAACCAGAUGCAUAUGAACGUUACGGAGCUGCUAUAGAUCUAUUAUAUUGGGUUCUAAUACGUCUGAGGGAUCCCUAUAUAAAAAGUAUUAACAAGGAAUGCUAUGAUUCUAUAUUGAGGAAAGUACCUUUGGAUGUAUCUGUAGUUCCACCAAAUUUAAUAUUCCAAGUGGCAUAUGCAAAGCAAUCUACUUCAGAAAACAAAUGGAAAACAAUUGCUCAGGGCCAUACAACCUUUUAUGCUUAUCAUGGUAGUCGUUUAGAGAAUUUUCACUCUAUUAUACACUAUGGCCUACAACAGACUAUGUGCAAGGAAUCAUUAUUUGGUAAAGGAAUAUAUCUUUCAAGUAAAUUAAGUGUAAGCUUACCAUAUAGCCCUGUGGGCUAUGGAUGGGGAGGCAGUAUACUUGGAAGUGAAAUGAGUUGCAUAGCUUUGUGUGAACUUAUCAAUCAUGUUGAUGUGAAAACAGGAGAUUCGGACAAUAGCGCUCGCAAUAUGGUUGAAAAUUCGGUAGACAGUAAACUUCCAAAUAAAUAUUAUUUGGUAACGAACAGCGAGUUGGUACGAGUGCGAUAUCUUCUUGUUUACAGUCAACAAGAUCAAACCAGAAGAUGCACUGAUAAUAAAGGAUUAUUAGCAUGGUUUAAACAACAUAAAUUAUUAACAUUCGUGCUUGGUUAUGUUGUAUUACUGGCAUCCGUGGGAUUGACGCAUAAUAAGCAAGUGGAAAAGUAUUAUAAAUUAUUUGCUCAAAAAGUUGGGCUAGAGUAA